AUGGCUCAAAGCGGUCAACCCCAGCAAGAGGAGCCAUUCUCACCGCUGCCUGAGUCCCCAGUCAGUACAACAGCACCGGCCCCAUCUUCCGCCUACCAAACGAAACCUCCCAGCUUGUGGCGAAAGUUGCUGGGUAGGGCCAAUGACGGCGCCGAGCAGCCACAAGAUGAGGCUUUUGACGUCAAGGAGGACAAUGGCGGCUCUCAGAGACAUGAGGCUGAUACGGAGAAGGAGGAAGACCUUGACCCAGACGAUCCUCGCCUCGUUCCCGUACGAAAGAUGAACCGCAAGGUCGUGGCGGGUCUCCCGAGGGCACAGACGUUCAAAAGACAACAAUCUGAGCUCCGCGACAAUCUCAUGCCCGCCGAGCUCUCUCCGGCUGAGCGUCGCGGCCUCUCUUCAGAUCGAAGACUACACUCACCACCGCUGAACGGCUCAGACGGUUAUUCUAAUCCUCGCACAAGUGCCCCGGACUUCAUUUCAUCUUUCGGCGACUCGCUAGCCGAUGUCAGCAUCUCUGGAACGACUGCCUCGGUUGAGGAACCCCGAACGGUUUUGGCAUCUCUCCUCAACGGAGGCAGAGAUAAAUCUGGCGAGGAUGGACCGCUUGAGACUGCCGGCUCGCUCCCCUUCAUGUCCCCCAAUUCAAUGACGAAAUUUCCCGAGCCGUCUUCGGAUCAUAAUUUGGACACGGCUUCCAUGACAACCUCGGUAUACGACCAGUUGAUUCACGACGAUCUGGAGCGCAUUUGGAUUCUGAACUUGUCGAUGCACUUCCGGGACAAGUCCAAACGAGAGAAAUUUUUCAUCACGUACCGGCAACAUGAACAUCUAUGGCGGCGCGUUACCAUUUCACUAGACUAUCGAGCCUCCCCAGAGAACUCUUUGGAGCUGGAUCUUGAACACACCAAGCUCCAGCGCGAGAAAAAUGCGAAGAUAUACGAGGCAAUCAGGGAUAGCCUGGCUGACAUUCAGUUUUACGACACUGUCACCAAUCUCAAACUCCAGACCACAGAUGGCAGGCUGCACGUGCACGUGGUCGAAGAUGUCAAUGAAAUAAUACACUAUCCGACAAUCCCAAUGAUACGGCAUCUCGACUGCAGGCGCGUCAAGGAGCGCGAGAUUCAUUUCGAAGCACACAUGUCAGGCUUUGUGUAUAAAGUCCGUGUUCAUGGCAGGACCUUGAUCAAAAAAGAAAUUCCUGGCCCGGACACGGUGGACGAGUUCCUCUACGAAAUCAACGCACUGACUCAGCUACAAGAUUCGCGCUAUGUGAUAGAGUUAUAUGGUAUCAUAAUUGACGACCGGGAGGAGCAUGUCAAAGGCCUGCUCAUCAGUUACGCCGAGAACGGCACCCUUGUGGACAUGAUUUAUGAUCACGACCACCAACUGCCGUGGCCCAGGCGUGAGAAAUGGGCGCGCCAGAUAGUUGACGGACUCUCAGAAAUCCACGAAGCUGGCUUUGUUCAGGGUGAUUUCACACUAUCCAACAUUGUCAUUGAUGCAAACGACGACGCCAAAAUCAUUGACAUCAACAGGAGAGGCUGCCCAGUCGGAUGGGAGCCUCCCGAAGCAACUCCACUGAUUGAAAGCAACCAACGCAUUUCCAUGUAUAUUGGCGUCAAGUCGGACCUCUAUCAACUUGGCAUGGUGCUUUGGUCUCUGGGAGCGCAGGAGGAUGAGCCCGAGCUGCAAAAUCGCCCUUUACGUCUCGAUCUAGACACUGACUGCCCUGAAUGGUACCGCGAAAUCGUCCACAUCUGUUUGGCAGAAAACCCGCGCCACAGGUUGCAAGCUGCGAGGCUUUUGGACAUGUUCCCUGGCUCAAAAUACCAAUACGGCAGUGGCACUGGGCGCUUGAUCCCGCAUCACCAUCACCAGUACUCACAUGCACCGUCAGCCUCCUUCGAUUCUUCCAUCCACAACUACAACAGUGCCCCGAUUAUCCGAACGAUCAACUCGCCGCCGCCCGAGUGGUCGUACAAGACGUACAGUGGCCAGACAUUUGUAGACACUGCCGCAGCUCUCUCUCGGGAUCCAUAUUACUUCCCGAUGCGCGGGAGAUCUCCCCCAAGCCCAAUAGCAAGUCAUAGAAGUGGCGAGCUGUAUGGUAAUCGAUAUGGGCCACCCGCUUGGUCUGCCUACAGUUACGAGCAGAACCGCACCAGUGAAUACUCAGCCAGCGACAUUGGUGCUGACAACAGAAUAGAUGAUGAUGCACUGCGUGGUGAGAGAAGCGAGACUUCUUGGUCGGUCCAGGGGGAAUCCCUGGCGGAUACGGAACUGGAUGAGGGUCCCAGCAUGGGCGCUUCGCUGAUCGGCCUAGACAGGCCGACUCUGGAAACUCCGGUGAUACCGAGAGAUGCUUCCCGUGACAAUGCCACGCCACAACCGAAAUAUAACAACACACAGAUGCUCCUAACCAGUUUGGCAGAGCAGUUCACCGCGCCUGGUGAGUGUUCAGCGCCAAAUUCACUCAACCCUUGCGACAAGCAACCAGAGGCUAUUCCGUUACCCCCGUCGCCAGUCAAUGAGGCCGACUGGGUAGCUUCAACGGCUUCGCAAGCCUGUGAAUCUGAGAAAAAUGAGAUGGAUGCAGAGGGAGAUGGCGGGGCACUGAUAUGGCCACUCGAUGAGCCCCAUUCGGACAAAGAAGCAUCAGGCUCAAUAGGGCUCGUUACCGGUCUUCCUGCGGUCGAUAAAUCAUUUGCCUGCUCCCCAGAUCCGAAAACCGCCUAUCCGAGAACAGAAAUAUCAACAAUCUCCGAGGUGACUGGAAUGGACGUCCCUGACACUGACAUCCUGGGCGGUGCAAGUCUGACACCUGUUGCCGAGACGCCAGAGACGAUGUUGUUGGUGAACCCGCUUGAAUCACCAAAAUUAGAGCAAGUCCUGAAGAGCUUGUCGCCGCGGCCGUCGAGUACUAGAAGCAGCUCACCCCCAGUUCUGCCAAAUGACCUGAAGGGUGUCGGGUCUGCUCAUGAAGAUACGAAUGAAGAGAUGAUGAGAACUCGAGACUCUCUAGACGACGACUGUACGCACAACUUUGAUGCCAUGACCUCAGGCACAAGUCUUGCAGAUGACUUGCAGAAGUCGAAAGCUUUGAGCGGGACGCGCCAGGAUCCCGUAACCACUCAACCAAUUGCAACCUAG